CUCUCGGGCUAGACGCAUCAGCCGCGACGAGGCACGGCUCAUCAUCUCCGACGCAGAGAAUUGGCGCGAGCUCUCGCGGCUCGACUUACGCCGCCGACAAAGGACGCGCAUUUUAGCCCGACCCAUGAGUGAAAGUAUAGGCACGGAAGAUUCGAAACCGGAGCAGAGAAGAAUAUAUACCGCACAUAUAUAUAUAUAGAGUGAGCCGUGACCUUCGCUAGUGCCCCAAAGGUUUCCAGAUCCAACCUGCAUUGGGCUUUGGUAUCGAAAGACUGAGUUAGCACCGAGCGGUGCAUACGGAUAUUCAACAUGGCGGUGGGCGAAGAAGGCACAGUCGAGCCGAAACUUAAGUAUCCGAAAUCGGUUUUCUUCAUUGUCAGCAAUGAAUUCUGCGAGAGAUUUGCCUACUACGGCAUGCGAACAAUACUCACGAUGUACUUCACGGAUAUUUUGCGAGUUGAGGAAAAUGAUGCGACGGUUAUGUUUCACAUUUUUUCGUCUCUUGCUUAUUUCUUCCCAUUGAUUGGAGCUAUAAUAGCCGACUCAUUCCUCGGAAAAUUUAGAACCAUCUUAUACCUCAGUAUCGUCUAUGCUGUGGGUCAACUUCUCCUCGCUGCAAGCUCAAUGCCAACAUUCCACAUGCCGGUCAUGGAAACAUCGAUAAUCGGACUGUUUCUCAUCGCGCUCGGCACAGGAGGCAUAAAACCCUGUGUAUCAGCUUUUGGAGGCGAUCAAUUUAAGCUUCCAGAACAAGAGGUGUAUCUCUCGGCCUUUUUUUCGUUGUUUUACUUCGCCAUUAACUCAGGCUCGCUUCUUUCGACCAUCAUUACGCCGAUCAUGCGUAAAGACUUGACAUGCUUCGAUCAAAAUUCAUGCUACCCACUAGCCUUCGUAGUUCCUGCUUGUUUGAUGAUCGUAUCAAUUGUUAUAUUUGCUAGCGGUAAAAGACUAUACAAGAUGAAGCAACCAUCUGGUAAUAUUGUGGUGCAAGUUUCCAAAUGUGUUGGUCAUGCCUUAAUUCGCAAGUGUAAGUCUAAACAAAGCCGGGAUCAUUGGCUGGAUCACGCAGAUGACAAAUACGACCGACGCAUGAUCGAAGACGUCAAAGCCGUUAUUAAAGUCCUGAAGCUCUUUAUCCCCCUGCCAUUUUUCUGGGCUCUCUUUGACCAGCAGGGCUCAAGAUGGACAUUCCAAGCGGCUCGUAUGGACGGCGAUGUAUUUGGAUACGUGCUCAAGCCCGAUUCGUUCCAAGUGCUCAAUCCUAUUUUCAUCAUCAUGUGUAUUCCCAUCUUCCAGUUUGCCGUUUAUCCGGUCAUAGAAAAAUUUCUGUUCAUCAAUACACCUCUGAGAAAGCUCAGCGUUGGUGGUAUACUUGCCGGUCUUUCUUUUGUCGUCUCGGCUCUCGUUGAGUUCCAGCUCGAGCCCACUUAUGAAAUCAAGCCGUCCAAUGAUUUUGGACAAUUAAGACUUUACAACUCUCUCAAUUGCACAGCCAAUGUCACGCUCGGACAGCAGCAAUUUAUACUCGAUAACCUUGGCAUGUAUCAAAAUUUGAGCGUGCCCGUUAGUAAGAGCGCCGAGUUUGAUCUCAAAGCGGAAUAUCCAGCUGCUUGUCACGGCGCGGCCAAACCGUUUGUCGUUACCGGCAAGGUCAAUGUCUUGGAGAAGGAAGCGCUCACAUAUGCUAUCAACAGCACGCACGUGAGCAAAGCUUUCGAAGAUCGAGCCAUGAAAUCGGACAGCGGAGAUCCCAGAGUUCACGCACUGGUGCUAUUUGAGGAGCCGGUCGACGGGCCCGUCUCUAUUAGACUCGAAAGUUCGACCAAAAAUUUCUUGUUCAAGCUGGACUAUAGGAACGGAACGAUUCAGAUGACGCCUGUCAUCGAAGUACUUCACAAUUCGUACAAGCUAGUGAUCAAGGAUCAAGUCGUUGACGAGGAGUUUUGGAUGAAGAACGGAGGAGUUUAUACGAUCAACGCUCGCAUCGGCAAGUACUUCCAGGAGGCCAAGGGUAUCACCGUCGUCAACUCGAAUUCUAUUCACAUGCUCUGGUUGAUACCUCAGUACAUCAUUAUCACCAUGGGCGAGAUCAUGUUCUCGAUAACGGGUCUCGAGUUCGCCUUCACCCAGGCGCCGGUCGCCAUGAAGUCCUUGCUGCAGGCUAGCUGGCUUCUGACCGUCGCCGUGGGUAAUCUAAUCGUCGUCGUCAUUGCCAAGCUCAGAUUGUUUGACAGACAGUCGUUUGAAUUUUUGCUGUUCGCCGGUCUGAUGUUCGUCGAUAUAAUGAUAUUUGCUGUGAUAGCGCGCUACUAUACUUACGUCGAGAACACCUCGCACGACGGCUCCAUGGAAGAGAUCGAUAUGAAAAGCAAAGCGAAAGACAAAAACGAAACGUACUCCGUUGAUCUCUGACAGAAUGACUCUACAGUAGUCAUUGCAACAUUUAAGGAAAUAUCUAAGCCAAGAUUAAAAUGAAUAAUUUCAAACAUGUUUUUGAGAUUUUCACUGAAUAUUUUUUUAUAAAACUACAUGAAUGU